AUGGUUAUUGAUAUUAUUUUGAGGUUUACAAUUAUUGUUGUUAUGGAUACGGUUGUAGCUGUUGUCAUGCUUACGGUUAUUUCUGUUGUUAUGGAUACGGUUGUUGUUGUUGUUGUUAUGGUCAUCAAUACCUCGCUGUUACGGUUUAUUGGCAAUAUAAUUGAAACUAUUAUCAUCAUUCUUAUUAUUCCUAUUCUUAUUCUUAGAUUUAUACUCAUACUAAACAUGGUCCCAAUUACCACUAUUAUAACCUGUGUAGAUGUAAAGACUUAUAAUGGACAAAACUCCCAAUUGGAAUCAAUUGUCCAUUUAAAUAUAAAAAUGAACAAGUUGUGGGUUAAUAUAGAAUUAAGAAUUCUGAAUAAGAAUGGUAUGCCUUUACGAGUUAAUUUGAUUAUUGUAUUCUUUAAAAGAAUAUUUAGAAUUAAAACAUACAGAAAGAUAAAGAAAAUGGGAGGUUUGGUUAAAUUAUACAGAGGCAAAAGGCAAAAGGAAAAUAAGAUAAGAUGGGAUAAUCACAAAUUUGGCGAUAACUUAUUGAACUAAAGAAUGAAAACAGAAUAUACAGAAAAUAGGAGCCCAGGAAGGGAAGGAUGAGGAAAAGUAAGAAUAAAGGUAAAGAGGUAGAGAAAAUAGAUUCGCUGAGAAGUAAUACUAGUAAUAAUAAUAAUUAUAAUUAUAAUGAUAAUAAAUGUAAGAAGAAAAAAAGAGGUUGGCAGAAAGAGUACGGAGGAACAAGAGAAAUAAGUAAAUUUGGUUUGGUUUGACUUGGUUUGACUUGGUUGGUUUGGUUGAGGAUCGAUGAAUACAAAAAAGAAACUGUGUGAAGAUUCUUUUUUUUUUUGGUUUGUAUUUAUAUUAUAUAUUAUAUAUAAUCAUUUGGUUUGUUUGUUUAGGACACACAGAAUCAAGGGCGUUGGGACGGGGAACCCUUUGGAUUUGUUGUUUAAUUUACGUGCGUGUACAUAUAUGUUGCGUGUGCGUGUGCGUGUGCGUGUGCGUAUUUGUGUUUG